AUGUCGUCAGACUUCAAUUUCACCUAUUCCCGCGAAACGACCAUCCACGCUUUCCGCGACUACUACCGCUUCCUUAUCCACAUGUUCAUGAACGAAUCCAAAAUCAUCGAGCCGCCCGAAGGAGGCUGGCCCGACAUCUCACCUGCAUUCAAGGACUACACGGGAAAAUCAGACUCUGUAAUAGACUUACUACGCCAUUUACCUUAUAACGACGGCAAAGUUGAAAGUAAUGGGAGCCCAGAUGAUCGCUGGUCAGACUGGCAGGACCUGGCUAAGCGUCACAUUGGUAGUCUACCCUUCGGAGAACAUCGCAACGAACUUAUCAGCCGCGAGAGUCUCCUUGCUAAAACUGAACCUCUCGGGGAAUACAGGGCGAGGGAUGAUCCCGAUGACCAAGUUAUACCGAGCCAUGCUGUUGGCAUGACAUGCGGCGGGCGAGAAACCUGGCGUUUCGUUCUCGACACCAAACUCGGCACGAUUCAUUCGGAGGGAUGGAAUGGAGGAGAUCACCACCAGCGGGACGUCAACGAUCCAUUCUAUGUGCCCCAUGUAUGCGGAAUUGACGGAGAUGAAACUGAAAAUGAAUUGGGCUGGCGUGAAUCUUAUGCAGCGUGGCCGAUUCCGGAUUUUUUCAGGCUUUUGAAGAUGAAAUACUGCAUGCUGGAAUGGAUCCCUACCACACCCCAUCAAUCCCUACCACACCCCAUCAGGUGA